UCCGCCCUUAGCACAGACGACAGUGGGAGAGUGACGUCCUUCUCCCCUGUUAUGGUCACACUUAGCCAUGGAACUCUCUCUCAUCUCACUAUACUUCACCAUCUUACUGCUGUCUGCUGAAGACUCAAACACACAGACUACAAACAACUGUGGGGUUGCCCCUCUGAACACCCGUGUUGUAGGAGGUGCUAACGCUCCGGUGGGGAACUGGCCAUGGCAGGUCAGCAUCCACUACUUAGGCAGACACAUCUGUGGAGGAACGCUUAUCCACCAAGACUGGGUCCUCAGUGCUGCUCACUGCAUCAUAUCCACAGACAUUAGCAAGUGGACACUAUACCUGGGAAGGCAGAAACAGAGCGGAUCAAACCCCAAUGAAGUGAGCCGGAGCAUCCAGGCCAUUAUUGUCCACCCCAACUACAACAACACCCUGUACGACAACGACGUCAGCCUGAUGAGGCUGAGCGUGUCCGUCGACUUCACAGACUACAUCCGGCCCAUCUGCCUGGCGGCUAAUUCCAGCACCUUCUACAACGCCACCUCCUGCUGGGCCACAGGCUGGGGCAACAUCGGCAAGGAUGUUUCUUUACCGGCUCCUCAAACUCUUCAGGAGGUCAAGAUCCCAGUCAUGGGCACCAGGGAGUGCACGUGCAUGUACAGGGCAGUAGAGGACACUGUUAUCACAGCUCAGAUGAUUUGUGCUGGGACAAAGGGCAAAGGCAUUUGCCAGGGUGAUUCUGGAGGACCACUGCAGUGUAAGCAGGGCUCUGUUUGGGUCCAGGCAGGUAUAUCGAGUUUUGGAGUCCCCUGUGCAGUAGGAAUUCCAGAGGUUUUUACUCGUGUGUCCGAGUUCCAAACCUGGAUCACGCAGAAUGCUGCCGGAUCCAGCGUCAACUUUGUGACCUUCACGUCCACCGGCACCGACACAGACAGCGGCUAUGUUUGUAGUAAUAUUACAGUGAGCUCGGCUGCUGCCACGCACAAGGCCUCCCUGUUCUCAAGCCUCCUCGUCCUCCUCUCCACCCUCAUCCCAUUUGCAUUCCUUACGCUCAUCUUCUCAGGAGUCCACUGACCCACUUCUGCUCUGCGCAGUGUGAAGUUCUCAGCAUUUGCAGGACAAUUUAUGAAGAAAUUAAUUAAAUGAAAUCACUUGAAUAUGAACAAAAAACCAUUCGUUUUCUAAAUAAAAAGCUGAAUGAA